UAAGCUGGCAGCAGUGCCUGCAGCACACAGUGAAUCUCCUGAAUCACCCCAUCGGCCACAGGGCACGGAGUGAGAGCUGCAAAGACCCACUAGCAGGACCAUCCCACCUUGGCAUCCCGCUAGGUGGACUAUGGUGGUAGGAAGAUGUUGGCUCGUAAGAGUAUCAUCCCUGAAGAGUAUGUGUUGGCGCGCAUUGCUGCGGAGAACCUGCGCAAGCCACGGAUCCGAGACCGGCCCCGCAAAGCCCGCUUCAUUGCCAAGAACGGGGCAUGCAACCUGGCGCACAAGAACAUCCGCGAGCAGGGACGGUUCUUGCAAGACAUCUUCACCACCUUGGUGGACCUGAAGUGGCGUCACACGCUGGUCAUCUUUACCAUGUCCUUCCUGUGCAGCUGGUUGCUCUUUGCCAUGAUGUGGUGGCUGGUGGCUUUUGCUCAUGGGGACAUGGACGCAAGCAUCGAGUGUGCUGCCAAUAGCACUAAGUGGACGCCGUGCGUGACAUGUGUCAGGUCUUUCACUUCUGCUUUCCUCUUCUCCAUUGAAGUUCAAGUGACCAUUGGUUUUGGGGGCAGGAUGAUGACAGAAGAAUGUCCCUUGGCCAUCACAGUUUUGAUUUUGCAGAAUAUUGUGGGGCUGAUCAUCAAUGCCGUUAUGCUGGGGUGCAUAUUCAUGAAAACAGCACAAGCUCACAGGCGGGCAGAGACCUUGAUUUUCAGUCGUCAGGCAGUCAUUGCUGUUCGAAAUGGCAAGCUUUGCUUCAUGUUUCGAGUGGGAGAUCUGCGGAAGAGCAUGAUCAUUAGUGCCUCCGUGAGAAUCCAGGUUGUGAGAAAGACUACUACCCCUGAAGGAGAAAUCAUACCCAUUCACCAAGUAGAUAUCCCUGUGGAUAACCCCAUUGAAAGCAACAAUAUUUUCCUUGUGGCUCCCUUAAUCAUUUGUCACGUCAUAGACAAGAGGAGUCCUCUUUAUGAUAUCUCUGCUGCUGACCUGGCUCUCCAAGAUCUGGAGCUCAUAGUGGUACUUGAAGGAGUUGUAGAAACUACUGGCAUCACGACUCAGGCAAGAACCUCCUACAUAGCGGAGGAGAUCCUAUGGGGUCACCGUUUUGUGCCCAUUGUCACUGAAGAGGAAGGUGUUUACGCAGUCGACUACUCCAAAUUUGGCAACACCAUCAAAGUUGCAGCACCACGUUGCAGUGCUCGAGAGCUCGAUGAGAAGCCAUCGAUUCUCAUCCAGACCCUUCAGAAGAGCGAGCUAUCCCACCAAAACUCCUUGCGGAAACGCAACUCCAUGAGAAGAAACAACUCCAUCCGGAGGAGCAACUCCAUGAGGAGAACGAAUUCCUCCCUCAUUGUGCCCAAAGUACAGUUUAUAACUCCUGAGGGGAGCCAGAGUGCCUCUGAAACGUGAUACUCAACUUUCUCCAAGGUUGAGGGGCUUUUAAAGGAGGAAGCACCCAUAGCGUUUUGUUUAAAAUUUCUUUUACUUAAGAAAAUGAGAUCAUGAUGCAGACCAGAACUAUUUAUUCUACUGCUUACUGAAAGCACCACCUAAUGGCUUUAGGAAACACUUUAGCACUUAGUGUGUGAAUUAAUUAAAAAAAAAAAAGGGCAUGUACACUAAAGAAAACACUGUUCACUCAUGUAAUAUAACAUGUAUAUAUAGAUGUUUUAAUGGCAGGCUGAUUUUAAAAAACAUAUUUUUCCGAUCAAGGGACUCUUUCCU